CAAUGAUUUACGCCAGUUAAUGCCAAAUGUUCCAGAAGUCGCCAGAUCAUGAUCUCGAACGCCUCCCAAAGAACGCCCUUUCUCAUGUUUGAGACGCAUGAAUUUAACUGGGGCAAGCGCGAUCCCUUAAGUUAGGUCUCGAAGAUGUUUGACUAGGCAACAGAGCUAUGACCGCAUAUAUAAACGCAGAAGUUGCUCCGAUAGUAGUGAUGUUCUGAUCUCUCCUCAUCACACUCCUGCCUGGAUCGAUUUCCCAAUACUUCUAGUAUCCCCGGCCCAGAAAACAUUCAAAAGAUAUACAUUACCACAGGUACUGCCUCACAAUGGUCUCGAAAACCCCAUCAAAACUGGAUCCUAGCAACGCCAGGAGCUACGAGAUUAACGGCGGUACUUUCGACGCAAAUUGGUGUGGCCACCGGGAGGACAAUUACCCUGAAGACUCUCCGGAAUAUCACACAUGGCAAGCAAUGCUUCAAGAACAUGGCGUCAGACAAGUAGGCCUUGAGAAUGACGUGCACCAUACUCCCACAGCCACAUAUAAUCUCUAUUAUCCCGCGCUCUCAGUGUCACAAGAUAUAGUGCCAUCCAGUCAUGAGCCUAGCAUCAGUACCAUGGAACCCAAUGUGGCUAAAGACCAUGAUGAAGAGACACAAGCACAAGAAGAUCCCAUAGCUUUGCUCAUCAAAGCCGAGGAAGAAAACAUCAGUUGGUUAAAGUCCAUGGUUGAUAAGGAGCGGAAAGAAUAUGAGGCACUUAGAGCGAAGCUGUUUGAAAUGUUCAUCAUUGUCACGCAAAACCAAGAGCGUGAACUUGUCGAGCUUCGAAAGCGUAUCUGUGGGCUGCAGGGCAAUGGAGGAAAUGUGUCGCUUAACCAGGAAUGGCAACAGCUCCAGAGAAACUUUCAUGACCUGCAACAUAAAGUAGACGAGCAUACCAGAUACAAGAUUUUCCAGGAGCAGUCUAGCGGAGGGCAGACUGGAAAAUUCGCAGCUAUUAUGACCAGUCUGCGAGAAGAGUGCCUGAACAUAACGGAUGGCUUGGUUGCACUCGGACAGAAGAUUCAUGAGGCAAAGCUAAGAGACGGGGUUCGUAAGCCGCACGGAGACGACAAGCACACAAUUACUGGCAUGACAGGCCUGCGUCUCCUUGAUACGCUCGACAUCUCUGUGAGGUUCGACUUACCGCCUCCUUGCUCUUCUGCGGAAGGCAUUCUGGAUACCUAUAAUGAGUAUUCUCAGCUUCAACGCGACAGGAUUGCUACACGCAAAAAUAAGGUGCAACAGCUCUUAAGAGAUACCGGACGGGAGCUCUUUUCGUUCCAAAGAGACAUGGAAGACGAAGAACGCUGGACCACCCGGAUGAUAGAGAGACUACUGUUCCCGGGAGGUGACACAGAAGUGCCAGAGGUUGUGUGUCCUAUGCUGUCAAAGGUCUCAAAAUUAAAGCAAGCGACGCUCAAUCGCGGAGCUCACAGGUUCAAAGAAAUAGCAGAAAUCGUACUGGAGAUGGAGUCGCACUUGGAUAAUAUUGGUCUUCGUAACUUAGAUCUGACCCUUAGGCCAACCAACCCUAACUUCUCGGCCACGAGGGCAAAUCAAACAUCGACGACAGCACGCGCUGAUAUAACAGGCGAAGGGACGGUCGCAUCGUAUACAGCGGGGCUUAAAUCCAAACUGAAAGGGAAGCAGGUGGACGAGAAAGCACAGGCAACGCGUCUAGAGAUCAUAAACGAGCAACUGAGUGAUGAGAAUAUCACUGCGACGUGGUGCCCCUCCCGCUGAACUAGGCGAAGUGCUCUUCGUGAUGCUAGGACAUUUGGAGGCUGUUUGCGACGGCCCAUUGAUUGAGGAGUGACGAGUAAAAGUGAAGUAAGUGAAUAGAGGCAAUCGGGCACGAUCAGGCAACGCGCCAGACACUGGAGAGGUUGCUUUAAGCAAAAGUA